UUAAUCCAACCACCGAAGAAGAAGUGAAAUUCAACAUGGCGACUCCCAUGCACAGGAUAAUAGCGAGAAGACAAGCGGAGGCAAACAAACAAAAUGUACGCUGCCAGAAGUGUUUGGAAAUGGGUCACUGGACCUACGAGUGCACGGGGAAACGGAAAUAUUUGCACAGACCGUCGAGAACUGUGGAGAUGAAAAAGAAGCUGAAGGAGAUAGAAGACAAACCUCUCAGCAUCACAGGACCAGGAAGAGAAGAUUCCAGUGAAAAGAAAACAAAAAAUAAGGCGAAAGACUCGAACGACAGCAGCAGCGAUUCGGACAGCUCCUCCAGUGACUCAUCGUCAGACAGCAGCGAAUCCUCCAGCUCGUCUUCAGACGACAGCAGUGACAGCGACGGCGACAGCUCUUCCUCCUCCUCCUCCUCUUCAUCCUCAGACAGCUCAGACUCAGGAAGCAGCAGUGAUUCAGAUCAAGGACCACCAAGGAAGAGGAAAAAACAGAAAUAAGCAUGCUGGGAUGAGUGGGUUUUCUAGGCACUGCUUGUUUUCUUCUUAUUAUUUUUAUUUUUUUUCCCACCCUCACCGUUGGUUGGAAGUGAAUUUAUAGAACAGCUGGACAGGCUUGUUGAUACUGGACUAUGAAAACGAAGGAGCAGACUGUUUUCAGCAGUGUUGAGUUCUGUUUUUUCCUUCUUUUUCUCUCUGUUACUUCUACUAAUAUAACAUAUUCUUACGUUUGUAUUUCUGUAAGAGGAAUAAACUUUAAAAAUGAGCUGAAACAAAUAGAAUUAUUCAAUUUAAAUCAUGAUUUUAGUACUUUUAUAAAGUGUUGCCAAGUUUCAAACGGGUAACAUUUAAGAAGCAAAACAGAAAGGUGUUCUUAAGAGGACAAUUUAAAAGGUUUAGUUGGGUUUUUUAAAAAAACUAAUAAAGUAAGAAGCUAAAUCUUUGCAUUUAUUUUUUCCUCAUUGAUGUGUCUUAAAAAAGUAUUUGCCAAAUUUGUAAACACCUGCCAUAUAUCACAUGCAUCUGUUAACCAGUGUUAACAGUGGACAUCAAUGGGGAGCCAUUUGGGGUCAAGAAAUCGGACGAUUUUGAUGUAGCUGUGCAUAUUUAUAACUUGUUGAGUAAAGUAUGCAGGUAAGAUGCUUUGUAUACAGUGAGUGUGUACCUGCAUUUCAAAAUUGCAUAUCUGGAAAACUGGAGUGAACACUUUAAAACUGCAACCUUUGAUUCAGGACAACCAUUUUUGUGUUAUAUUUUAUAGUUUGCGACGAGUAUCUUUUAUGAUAAAUAAACUUGGGAUUGUUUUUGUUCUAGGGCCUUUAGAUUUUGUAUUUGUUUGACACAUUUAAUAAUAAAAUGAAGCUCAAGCGUUCAUGAA